CACAACCGACACAUUGUUGUGAAGGUUUUUCUUGCUCUGAAAACGCAACAAACAUAGCUCUAUGUCCACAAGGAUACUUUUGUAUUGCGGGAACUGUUAACCCAAUUCCUUGUGACUUUUUUGCAAUCUCAUCAUUUAAUCGCUUAAAUCCGGUUUCAAAAACUUUUGAUAUUGAAUUUGAAAAUAUAGGAUUGGUACUAUAUAAUGACAUAGAAAUUUUGAAGGGAAUAAAAGGAAAAUUUCAGCAUGGAAGAACUUGCGCAAUUAUGGGACCAUCAGGUGCGGGGAAAACUACGUUAAUAUCAAUUUUAACUGGAAAGGUAAAAAAGACGAGUGGAACAGUCAAAGUUAAUUGCAUUGAAGAACCACUGGAAAAGUACAGAAAACUUAUCGGUUUUGUGCCACAAGAAGAUGUAAUGCUACGUGAAUUAACUGUAAUAGAAAUAUUGAUGCAUUCUGCGUUAAUGCGUUUGCCUGCUAACAUGAACAAAGCUGUUAAAAGAAACAAAGUCAUUGAAGUGAUUAAAUUUUUAAAGUUAAAUCAUGUGAUGCAUUCUAAAAUUGGUAACGAAGAAAAACGUGGUAUCUCAGGAGGUCAACGUAAACGUGUAAAUAUUGGAAUAGAAUUAGUUGCUGAACCGUCUAUACUAUUUUUGGUGAAUAUUCUCGAUCACCGCGUUAGAAGUAUGUACGAUGCUAAAAGACGUGCUAAGAAUCAGCAUUUAACUGUAGUUGCAAUUAUCCACUCGCCGUCUCCACAAGUCUUCAAGACAUUUGACGAUCUUUUGUUGCUGGAUAACAAAGGAGGUCUUGUAUAUUUUGGAAAAACAAAUGAAGCAAAACAUUAUUUUGAAAGUAGUGGUUAUUAUUUUCCUGAUGAGAGAGAAGAAAGUCACGCUGAUUUUAUGAUGAGAAUUGCUUCUGGAACUGUACAUCCACAUUAUUGGUCUAGGCGGAAUUAUCAGCAAGAAUUAAAAUCAAAUCAAUUCCUUACGUUCAUAAUAAGGUUACUUUUAUUCUGGAAACGUGAUCCAACUCGUGAUACUCCAAAUAUGUUUCGCGCAUUUUUACUAUUGCUCAAACGGGCCUACUUGCAGGUCUAUAGGAGUCCUGUACAAUUCUUAUCAGAUCAAUUCGUACAUCUUCUCUGUGGUAUUUUAAUUUCGGUAGCAAUUUCAGAUUCCGAAUAUAAAGGAAAACCACCUAGUGAAGUUUGUGCGAUGGCUCCAUAUGUGCUAAAGGGUUUAUGUGCCGUCCCUUUUGAUUUUAUUAAGAAUGUUGGAACGUUCAUGUCAAUUGGUAUGACAUUUAUAGCGGCCAGUGCCGGAACUUCAACAUUCGGAUUCGAAAAGGCUGUAUACUGGCGUGAUGUCUCAUCCGGAAUGCAUACUAUUCCAUACUUUUUGGCCAAGAUUAUUAAUGAUAUUCCCCGCAUAAUUAUCUCAGCACUUAUGUUUGCACUAUCAAUUAUUGUACUUUACCCAUUUGAAGUCAAAUUUUUGGAUAUAUAUUUUAUUGUUCUUUCAAAUUAUUUUGCUUCUUGGUCUAUGGGUGCGGGGAAAACUACGUUAAUAUCAAUUUUAACUGGAAAGGUAAAAAAGACGAGUGGAACAGUCAAAGUUAAUUGCAUUGAAGAACCACUGGAAAAGUACAGAAAACUUAUCGGUUUUGUGCCACAAGAAGAUGUAAUGCUACGUGAAUUAACUGUAAUAGAAAUAUUGAUGCAUUCUGCGUUAAUGCGUUUGCCUGCUAACAUGAACAAAGCUGUUAAAAGAAACAAAGUCAUUGAAGUGAUUAAAUUUUUAAAGUUAAAUCAUGUGAUGCAUUCUAAAAUUGGUAACGAAGAAAAACGUGGUAUCUCAGGAGGUCAACGUAAACGUGUAAAUAUUGGAAUAGAAUUAGUUGCUGAACCGUCUAUACUAUUUUUGGUGAAUAUUCUCGAUCACCGCGUUAGAAGUAUGUACGAUGCUAAAAGACGUGCUAAGAAUCAGCAUUUAACUGUAGUUGCAAUUAUCCACUCGCCGUCUCCACAAGUCUUCAAGACAUUUGACGAUCUUUUGUUGCUGGAUAACAAAGGAGGUCUUGUAUAUUUUGGAAAAACAAAUGAAGCAAAACAUUAUUUUGAAAGUAGUGGUUAUUAUUUUCCUGAUGAGAGAGAAGAAAGUCACGCUGAUUUUAUGAUGAGAAUUGCUUCUGGAACUGUACAUCCACAUUAUUGGUCUAGGCGGAAUUAUCAGCAAGAAUUAAAAUCAAAUCAAUUCCUUACGUUCAUAAUAAGGUUACUUUUAUUCUGGAAACGUGAUCCAACUCGUGAUACUCCAAAUAUGUUUCGCGCAUUUUUACUAUUGCUCAAACGGGCCUACUUGCAGGUCUAUAGGAGUCCUGUACAAUUCUUAUCAGAUCAAUUCGUACAUCUUCUCUGUGGUAUUUUAAUUUCGGUAGCAAUUUCAGAUUCCGAAUAUAAAGGAAAACCACCUAGUGAAGUUUGUGCGAUGGCUCCAUAUGUGCUAAAGGGUUUAUGUGCCGUCCCUUUUGAUUUUAUUAAGAAUGUUGGAACGUUCAUGUCAAUUGGUAUGACAUUUAUAGCGGCCAGUGCCGGAACUUCAACAUUCGGAUUCGAAAAGGCUGUAUACUGGCGUGAUGUCUCAUCCGGAAUGCAUACUAUUCCAUACUUUUUGGCCAAGAUUAUUAAUGAUAUUCCCCGCAUAAUUAUCUCAGCACUUAUGUUUGCACUAUCAAUUAUUGUACUUUACCCAUUUGAAGUCAAAUUUUUGGAUAUAUAUUUUAUUGUUCUUUCAAAUUAUUUUGCUUCUUGGUCUAUGGGUUAUGUUAUAUCAAUUCUGGUUCGAAAAGAAAGAUUCGGAUUGGUUUGUAGUGGAUUCUCUAUUGCUUGGGGAUUAGUUUUUAGUGGCGGAUCCGUUACUUUGGAAGAUGUUAAAAACAAAAGCGCUUAUCAACCUUUUAAAUGGUUGUGGGAAAUUUCAGCACAAAGAUGGGUUAUUGAAGCAGUUUAUCUUAAAGAAUUGGAACCUAGACC